ACCGCGUCUAAACCGUUCCUUUGCAAAUACUUAAAUCCCCACCUCCGUCCCUAAUAGCUCACUCGCCAACACUUUCCAUUAUCUUCUUCGCCUUCACGAUUUUCCCACGAAGCAAGAUCGUGUUUCUGGUUCAACCUUCGAUCGGAUCGGAAUUCCUGAGAUCAUGUGCUGCGGAGGCAGGAUGUGUAUGCUGUGCACGUGCGUCAUUCUCGUCGUCAUCUUGAUCGGCUUGCUUUUCGGCUUUGGAGUCUUCACCCAUGGUUUCCACAAGAUCAAGGAUACCUUGAGUUACUGCGAUCCCUCCGUCGCUGGUAGUGUCUGUGGCCGUGCAAGCGGAAGACCCUUAUUGGGUCGCGCACCGGCUCCAUUCUACUAGGGUUUUUCUUCUCUGCUCAUUCCCGAUUCAUUCCUUCUCUGUUUCUGGGGAUUUGCCACGAAUUCCAGGGUUAGGGUUUCUUUUAAUUUAUUAAUUGUUGAUACUUUAAUUUGAAUUGAACAAUGCUGUUUUGGUAUCUGUAAUUAUCAUUUGCAUCUUCUUGGGAUUCAUGCUUGUUUAUAUUAAAUAACUUGCUUUU